CGUACUUUUCAAACAGGAAGUCGUGCACUCAUCACUGUCAGCGACUCUUGCCGAGGCAAGUCAAUGAAAAGUCAGGAAAAGGGAGAAUAAAACUUGAGCUCGUCAGUCAUUAGAUAUUUAAGACAUGUUACGUAUUGAUAGUCGCUUAUUAAACGUUGACAAUGCAUUGCCAACGUUGUAGAAAAGGAGUAGCGCUUAGCGUUUUGACUCUACUUCACGUCCAGUGUAAGGAACGACUUGCAACACUCAUGUCAAGCACGAAGCUGCAUGUGGACGGCUCGAGGCGACCCGAAGACGCGUCGGAAAACAGAACCGAACCACAACAAGCUAGUAGACAGCUGACGGAGGAGGAGCUGCUCAUUCAUAAAUUCCACACAGAAGCGUGUCAGGCAGAGAAGCAGAUGUAUAUUGAUCCUUCCAGUGGCUACAAGGUGUUCACAGAGUAUGCUCACCUUCAGCGAGGGAAGUGCUGUGGCAGUGCUUGCAGACAUUGUCCAUAUGGCCAAGUCGACGUGAAGGACCCUGCGAUGAAGAAAAGGACGAUGGCACUCGCCACUGCCGCCGCAGAGCAAAAGAGAGCUGUCCAGUUUGUAACUGUGACCAGACGUGCUCCAGUCGCAACCAGUUGACAGGCCGAGCAGCUCCCUCCUGCCUCAGCUGUCCCCGCCGCCCUUCUCUCCAUCUCAAACAGGCACAGCAGCCCUGCGGCGGCCAACGGCUUGGACCACAGUCACUUACAGCAUCUCCAUCACAGUCGGCCACACAAUGACACAUGCUUGGCAGGGGGUCAAAAAAAAAAUGAGUGUCAUUCCUAUGAUUGCUGAAAGGAACAUCAGUCCCUGCAAUUGGCGUGGCCCCGCCUUAUUUAUUAGAAGCGUCUUGAUGUUCAAGCAGUAUUUGAGCAGCCCCUCCAUCAACGUCUGGUCUCCAUAGACCAAUGUCAGCUCCCCCUCAGGGUAGCAUCCUGCUCAACCAGAUAGAUCCCUGUGCUAGAAUUAGUGAUAAAAACAUGGCCGCCGCGUGACAGUCAGGGUGCCAGAUUCCAUCGGACAAGCAGGGCUGCAAAUAGCUCAGAGGGCCACGUUUCUCCCCUGGACCGCAACUGGUGCACACGCUGAUGCCAGGCCCAAGCCGUGGCCGCCAGAUGAGCCCAGAUAAAAGGAGACACUCACUGGCACCUCAACGAGGUACUCUUUUUGCCAUAUUUUACUCCAACCUAACCACAUGUGUGGGCAGUUAACUCGGUCUGCAAGGACUUGGGGACCGGAAGGUCAUAGGUUUGGCGCCCAUCAAGUCCAGAAGCCUAUUUACAGCCCUUAUGGUGGAUAAAGUGUUAUUGGAUGUUUAAAGGAGAAGGACAGAGCCAGUUUUGACAACAUUACAGUACUUGCAAACGUUCCCUAAACCUACACUUUGUUGUAGCGCAGUAAAGAACAUCCAUCCAUCAUGUUACCUUGUCCUUUCUAGUGUGGCCAGAUAUCAACUCAUACGUGCACCAGCUCCCCUGGAGGAUAGUCGGUCCCCAGGGGACGGAGGUGGUGGCGGCUGUUGGAGCUGUUCUGGGUGUAGUGGGGGGGUGCAGGCAGCAGUUGGUGUGCAGAGACCAGAGGCUCAGACUAGCUAGUUAAGAGCUUCUCUCUCCUAUCCUCCAUCUGCCAGGGACUGUGCUUGUGAUUUGAGCUCCAGCAGAGCAGAGCAGAGCAGGGAGGAGAUCGAAGGAGGGGUCUUGGGUAAGGGGGGAGCAGAAAGAGAUGCAAAAUGGUGAGGAAUAGAAAGAAGGAAGGGCUAGGUAGGAUAUGAGAUGCCUGAAAUGUCCAUUGAAAGCAUCAUUGUCCAGAGACACCCAAGAGCUCCAUGUAUAGGAAAAAAAUAUUUGUAUGUAUGUUAUAUUUGUAAGUUCACAGUAGUGAUAAAAUAAGUGCCUAAUUCCGACCCAUGAAGGUCAAUUCUGACUAAAAUAUAUAUAUAUAUAUUUUGGGGCAAAACAACCCAGGACAACUUGGGUUGGUCAAAUUUUUAACCCAAAUUGGGUUGUUAUUAACCCAACAUUUGUAGGGGUUUAUUUACGAGGAAACCGUGAGGUGGGUUCAUUUUGUAAAAAAA